GGGAUCAGCCCGCGUUAUUCGAGAAAAAAGUUUAGUGUCGCCAUUUUCUGUUUCUCGAUGUUGAACGAAAAUGAAAAGUUUAAUUGAUUUUUUCGUCUUUUUAUUGGAAUGUGUUUGAAGAGUUCUUGGCAGUCAGCCAUCAAAAAUCAUUUCAAGAAUAUCAUGAAAAGAAAAGAAAAUGUGAGGUAGUAGAAACAGAGGAUGACAAAUGUCAAAGUUGAUUUACCAAAAUUAUGCGUUAAUCAGCAACCUAUGGUUUGCAGCGGAGAAAUAUCUUUGAAAAUCCUUUUUUCAUUAAUUAAACAUCAUGGAGGGAUAUCCCGCACUCCAGUUGGUGUCAGAGAGUUCUUGGCAGUCAGCCAUCAAAAAUCAUUUCAAGAAUAUCAUGAAAACUGAACGAGUUGCUGCUGGAAAUGGAACUGGAGGUGCAGCAGUGGUAAAACCAGAGAUAAAAAGAAAAUGCGAGGUGUGCAACAGUGGUGUGCAAACACAUGCUUCGAUGACGUCAGAUCACCCAAAGUUUCAUAGUGCAAGACACAAGGAACAAGCUCAGUGCAAGAUGAUGAUGACUUAACUAAACAAAUUAAUUUAAACAUAUCAAGAAACCUUAAUGGGGUUUUUUUUAGAAAUAAAUCUAACAAAUUUAAAUUUCAUUCUCUACAAAUUUCCUCCAUAAUAAGGGGUGGCGGAAGCAUUGAUUGGUACGGUGUAGGGUUAGAAAAUUUUGUAAAAUUUACACGUCUAGAUGCUCGGAAAUAGCACUUAAGUUUUUAAAACGCCAGGAUACUGAAAAGAAUCACCCUUGUGGAAGGUUUAACUUUUUGUUUAACAUACUGUUGUGUCAUUUUAAUCAAUUUAUUAUAAUCUCCAUGGCAUGACAUCACAGUUCUUUUUCACGGCAUCUGGUAGACCUGCUUGUUGUUUUGUUCAGGGUUUAACUGAUCGUCUCGUUUAAGAAAUUGAUUUUUGUGUUUAUACUGAAUAUUACGUACGGAAUUUAGGAGAGUUUCGGAUUUUCGGAAUACAAUACAUGAGUUAUUUUAAGUAGUAUAAUAACCAUGUUUUAAAUAACGAAAUCACCAAAGAAAUAUCGUUUUAGCGUUCUGUCUUAGCAUGGGAAUGAUAUUUUUAGCAUGUCAAGUGCGGGCAAUGAUCAGAAUGUUUGCUUCAAAGCCCAUGCAUGUCCAUACGCAUGCCCAGAACGAUCUAUCUGGGAUUUUCCCUUGAACUUGACAGUGUCUGUAAAUCUGUACUGAACAUGUGGUGAAAAUAGGGUCGCUUAGUGAGGUGAUAUCGUCGCUGCUCGCGAUAACUUAAGAAGAGCCAAGCCUAGCCUAGACGAAGAUUUGUUUACAGUAUAUAAAGUAUCUCAAUUCGCUGUUGGCGAAUUUGCGAAUGGCUAGCGUGAGCGUAGUCUGUACGCCACGGUAUGUGGCAUGUGGGGACAUAAUUAAUAGACUAAUUUCUUGGAAAUUAAUUUAUAAAAAUAUCCAUAAAUUUGCUCUAGCAUUAUUUAUAGACUAAAAGUAGAGGAUCUAAAGUUAAAAGUUGUUAUCUUUUUAAAUUUGGUUUUAGGACUAACUUUUAGACGUCUGCAUGGCGUACGGGAAACAACGAAAAGUCAAAAUCUAAAAAAACUUAAUUUACUCCGCAAUAAGUUAUCGCGAGCAGCAAUAUCACCUCACUAAGCGACUAUUUUCAUUAUUAAUUAAUUAUUUUAAUUAAUUUGUUUAAUUAAGUCAUCACCAUCUUGCACUGAGCUUGUUCCUUGUGUCAUGCACUAUGAAACUUUGGGUGAUAUGACGUCAUCGAAGCAUGUGUUUGCACACCACUGUUGCACCCCUGAAAAACAAAAUUAACAAAUUGGCGGACAGGGUUUCGGAGGCGCGGUCUCUGCCCUCAGCAAAGUGAAUGCAAAAAAAAUAACAAAAUUAAGAACUUGAGUGCUAUUUCCGAGCACCUAGACAUAUAAAUUGUACAAAAUGUUCUAACCUCAGCCCAAUCAUGGAGGGGCAGAGCUUAUUAGAGACUGUCACGCCGUAUAAACGGCAGCGGAAGCAGGGGGUGGGGCCAAUUGGCCAACCCACUUUUUCUACUGGGGGCCUGGGGCCCCCUUUUGUGACUGCUCCCAGCCUUUUGUGACUGUUCCCAGCACCAGUGACAAACAUUUUACGAAUGCUGCAGUGUUAUUAUUAUUAUUAUUAUUACUAUUAUUA